UGCUUAAAGUCCAACCCGACACCACGCAAUCUCGGUACAGCUUUCGAACACCGCACUCGCCGCUUUUGCAGGCGCUCCCAGCGCACACUUCCGAUCCCCCGAGACACCCGAGCGUCGCGUCGUCCGAAUCCCGAAGUCCCGCGAAAAACAACGCACCACACGAUGAACAAGCUGCUCGUCGGAAGCGUGGUAGUGGUGGGGCUGCUGGUGGCCACGCUCCUCCAGCCGGCGUCCGGAUCACUGUACGGGCCGUUCGGUCCGUUUGCCGGUGCUCAGUUCGGUCCGCCCGGACUGGGAGCAUUCGGACCGGGCUAUGGUGGCGCCGCCGCCGGACUGCCGCUGUACCCGUCGGUGGUCGGUCGUCCUGGAGCCCCCGUCUACCAACCGUUCCUGCCCGUAGCGUCCCCACUGCUGGGCCGCUCAUUGGCCCCGGCCGCGGCUGCACCGCUGCCAGCUGCCGCCACCGGUAACCUGCGCACCGUCGUGUCCGGAUCCGAUGUGCUCGAGAGGCUGGCCGUGGCCGACCUGCCGGAGGACCUGCAGCAGCGGGCCCAGGAGCUGCAGCUCGCGAGCGAGCAGGGCUUCGAUGCGUGCGAAGAGCUUCUGGCGACUCCCGGGGCCUACUGGCAGUACAAGCGUUGCCAGGCGUUCCAGCUCCGCAACGCCUUGACCGCUGCGAAGGCCCUCGAGCAGGAGGCUACCGCCCGUGCUGCUGCUGCUGCCGCUGCUGCCGCCGCCGCCACUAGUACUGAAGCCGCCGUUGCCGUGCCCGCCGAAGCCUCGGUCUAGGAGAGCGCGUUGCGCACGGUUUCGUGUUGAUUCGUAAUUUAUCAAGCCUCGCAUGAUGGUUGUGCGUGAGUCUGUGUGCGUGUGAGAGAGAAAGAGAGGGAGAGACGGAGAGAGAAAGAGAGUAUUGGAUCGAAUAAAAACAGAGGGCGGUUGAGAGGGGCACCCCACAUAGCCGGUACGCCAUCAAACGA